UCAGUUUCCUAAAUAUAGCGGACGAGGACCUGCCCGUGUGUGUCUGCUGCUGGACUCACUUUGAUAAAAGAAGAGUAUUUACGGAAGGAUACAGAGAGAAUCUGAGCUGGAGGAAGAAUUGCUGUCUGACUGUAAUAUCUCCUCCCGUAUAUCAGUCGUCCAAGUUUGCGGUUAAAGAGGAGUUCUUCCCUCUGCCAGGGCACAUACCAAACACUUUCAGCAAGCCAUGCCAAACUGAUACAGGAGUAAAGGAAUUGAAAGUGGAACUAUGUAUUAAGGAUUGUGUGUUGAACUCUGCACUACCUGGAGCCCACUGAUUCUCUCCUUCGGCUGUUAGAGGAAGUCGUUUCAGCAAUGGGGAGGAAGAAGAUCCAGAUCACCAGGAUCGUAGACGAGAGGAACCGACAGGUGACAUUCAUGAAGAGGAAGUUUGGCCUGAUGAAGAAGGCCUAUGAGUUGAGCGUUCUGUGUGACUGUGAAAUCGCCCUCAUCAUCUUCAACAGCUCCAACAAGCUGUUCCAGUACGCCAGCACCGACAUGGACAAAGUCCUGCUGAAAUACACCGAGUACAACGAACCUCACGAGAGCAGAACCAACUCUGACAUUGUAGAGGCUUUGAACAAGAAGGAGCACCGAGGCUGCGACAGCCCUGAUGCUGACUCUUCCUACGUCCUCACCCCCAACACUGAGGAGAAAUACAAGAAGAUUAAUGAGGAGUUUGACAACAUGAUGAAGAGCCAUAAAAUUUCCACCGGCCUUCCACAGCAGAACUUCAUGCAUGGCAGCAUGUCGUACAGCUCUGGCGCCGGUGGAGGAGCGACCUCCCAAGCUCUAGCUGCAGCCACAGCAGCUCUGGCUGACAGUGGGAUCCUCUCCUCACCUCACACACACCUCCACAGAAACAUAAACCCUCCACAAAGACCUCCCAGCACUGGAAACACAGGUGGCCUGCAGGGCAGUCCUGAUAUGACUCUGCAAAAUGGGUCUGGACCAGUUGUGAACGGUUAUGUUGGUUCACCUGGUGGAGGCAGCUUGGGGAAGAUCAUACCACCCAAAUCUCCUCCUCUGCCACCUCCUGGGAGCAGCCUGCUCCCCACCAGCCGCAAGACAGACCUUCGAGUGGUCAUCCCUCAGUCCAAAGGAAUGAUGCAAACGCUGAGUAACCAGAGGCUGAGCAGCAGCCAGUCUCUGUCCACCCCGGUGGUCUCCAUCACCACACCCAGUCUGCCUCACCAGAGUUUGGUCUACUCCAGCAUCAGCUCUGCCUACAACAACGAUUACUCCCUGAACAGUGCGGAGCUGUCGGGCUUCAGCUCCCCUGCAGGCCACUCUCUGGGCUCCAUGGCAGCUUGGCAGCAACAGCAGCUGGGAUCACUGGGGUCAGGGAGCUCCAAUCUCUCCAUCAACACCAACCACAAUAUCAACAUCAAAGCCGAGCCCAUCUCUCCACCCCGCGACCACCUCAGCCAAUCAGGGUACAUGACACAGGCCCAUGCGCCUCCUCCUCCUCACCCAUCCACCAGAGCAGAGAUGGGGAGGUCUCCUGCAGACAGCAUAAGCUCCUCCUGCAGCUCCCACGAGGGAGGCAGCGACCGGGAGGAGCAGCAGCGGCUGGACUUCCAUGUGCUCCCCAUGAGCAGGUCAGAGGGCAGGGAGAGUCCCACGGUCAAACGAAUUCGAAUGGACAGCUGGGUGACAUAAACAGUCACAAUAGCACACAGCACCAGGGCAAAGACAGGAUGGACACUGAUAUGCAAAUGUGGAUUUUAUUGAUGUGUUCUGUUGUUUUUAUUAAGUUAUCUUUGUUUUGUUUUUAUUUGGUGGUCAGAUUUUUCAGAAGGGUUGAACAAAAAUUUGUCUGAAAAUUCUGGAAAUGUCCGAAUCAUCUCAUUGACUUUCAGAAAAUCUAAGGUGGUACUUUUAAACAUAACAUGCCGUCCUUUUUAAACAUAAAUUGUUUAAGCAUCACAGACUGAUAAUGUGGGUCCAAUUGCAGAACAAUCUGUCCUUUUCUUAUCCAGUGGGAUGCAGAACGAUCCAGAAUUGGUGGUGAAGCAGUGAAAUGCUUCUAAACGUCUCCCACUGGGUGUCACCCAAUUCAUUUCUGAUCUUCUCAGGGUUCGAAACAUUGAACGAGUCCAACAUGAAAGCAAUACUCCCUCCACAUCGUCCCUGCUACUCCUCUUUUUAAAAACACUUAUUUAUAUCAGCCAAAGCAGUAUGCUGUUUUAUGUUGUUUGUGUGUGUUUUUAUAUUGUGCACAGAAUAAGACAAUCUUUCAUUCAGAUUUAAAACUGAAAGCCAUGGACACUUGUUCUGUAUGUACUAUUGAAAUGUGCUGUUGUUUUGUAUAUACUUUAAUAUAUAUCACUUUUGGUGUAACUAUAUAUUGUUGAUCCGUCUAUUGUAUCUGCCUGGGUGAAAUAUGACACCUCCACCAGAGUUGACAGCAGCAGUGUAUGCAUUGUAUGAAAACGGUGUCAUAUCACAAUUUGUCUAGUAGAACUCCAACAUCACUGUGGCAGCAUGCUCGAAUGCAAAGUAUAUAUAUAUAUAUAU